AUUUCGCAACAAUUUCCUAGGGAAUUGCGGCACCUGUUCGAAAUCGUGUUCCGGCGAGGAAACAGAAUAAAUUUGCACAAGCAUUUUGCACACUUCACCUCCACCGAGCAUCGUCGAAUGGAGUGGAUGGGUUUCAAUCCCCGAACGCUGCUUUAGCUCUCGAUUUUUAGGGCUUCGAUUGCUCGCGCGUGGAUGUACACACGCCUAUGCAGUGACGUUGCUACUGGACUCGUUACUUCAGAUCCUUUGGUUCUGCGCUCUUCUUUGCCGUUUCCGCGCUGCUAUUUACCUGUUGGUGCACUGAGACGGGAUCCGGAGACGACAGGGAGCUUAAUUAGGUCGUCUGCAGGUGUUAAUAUGGCUGUGAAAGCGGAGGAUUCUGACAUCCACAGACUCAUUAGCAUUGGUCCGUCACAUUACUGUGAAAAGGCGAGAUGGGCACUGGAAAGGGCUUAUAUUCCAUUUUCCGAGGACAAGCACUGCCCUGGUUUCCACAUUCCGGUCGUUAAGGGUUUCCCAGGGGGUAAAACCUGCCCAAAGCUUGUGAUAGGCAAGGGUCCUGAACAAGUAGUGUUGAGUGAAUCGCAUGAUAUUUUGGAGUACGCUGAUAAGAAAAUUGACAACGAAGAAAAUCGGUUGUACCCCUCUGACCCGGAGCUGCUUCAGCUCGUGCAAUCAUGGGAGUCGAAAUUCGACGACCGUCUUGGACCCCAUGUGCGGCGAUAUGCAUACUCGUUCCUCCUAUUUGAUUCAUCCACCUAUGAAUUGCUAACUCAGGGAGGUUCUACCGUAGAGAAGUUUCUGGCAUGGAUAAUGCUGCCUCUAUUGCGUCGCGUAAUUUAUCGAGGUCUCAAAUGUAACAGGCCAGGGGCGAAAGAGCAGUCCUUGGAAGUUAUUGAUAACAUUUUCAAAGAGGUGGAUGAUGCGUUAGCUGAUGGGCGGCCCUACAUCUGUGGAUCAAAAUUCUCUGCAGCUGAUGUCACGUUCGCUGCACUUGGCGGCCCUCUUGUUUCUCCUCCUGAAGGUGGAGCGUGGAUGCCUCCGCUCGAUGCAAUCCCUUCAGAAAUGAGGGAUGUGAUGAAGCGUCUUCAAGGGACGCCAGCUGGCCAACACAUUUUGAAAAUUUACGAAACUAAGCGACAGAGACCGGAACAAAAGAGGGUUUAUCAGUGAUUUUUAUAACACAUGACGCCAAAUUCAUGUGGAGGUACGAUCGUGCAAAUCUGUAAAGAAGACGAGUUUCUUGGUGUUUAUUUAGGGUUUUGUGGAUAUCCAGUAGGAGCUUAGCUACAAAAGAAAAUUAUGAACAUAUAGCAUUGCGCUGUGAUAUCAGUGCACUUUUGCAACUCUUGCAACUUUUGCACUUCUGCAAGUUAAAGGUGCCGUGGUGUUAAUUAAAUUAAUGUGGUUUGGUAUUUUCUUCCGCUUAUACUACACUAUGCACACUA